AUGGCACCUAAAGGGAUGAUUCCGAUCCUGGUCACCAUGAUGCUGGUGACCGGCGUUUGCAACACGCUUCUUACGAAAUAUCAGGAUAUGCAAUGUGUCAGGAACUGCGAUGAUCCUGAUCCUAAAAAAAGGGUAGUUUUUGAACAACCCGUCCUCCAGACAUUGCAAAUGUUCAUCGGAGAAAUGGGUUGUUGGCUUGUGCUCUUUGGUAUUAAUACUUGGAACCGCCAUAUUCGACCUCGAUUGCGCGGCCCAUCAUCGGCACCGCUAUUUGCUGGAGGGUAUGAACCUGUUAGUGAUGGUUCUGCCGAUCCCCCACCGUACGAUGAUGCCGACGCCGAUGACGCUCUCGGAAAUGGCCCUAAAUCACACGAUUCUCGAGUUAAGCUAAGAGGAACAAAGAUUCUACUCCUCGCGGCACCGGCAUGCUGUGACAUCUCCGGUACCACGUUGAUGAAUGUUGGUUUGCUCUUUGUAGUAGCGAGCAUUUACCAGAUGACCCGUGGAGCACUUGUUCUAUUUGUCGGGUUGUUUAGCGUGGUGUUCCUUCGCCGAAAGCUUUACCUGUAUCAGUGGAUGGCUUUGGUAUGUGUUGUUUUUGGCGUGGGUCUUGUUGGCCUUGCAGGUGCGAUCUUUAAAGACCAUGGGCCUGUUGCCCCGGACAAUAUUCCUCAACUUGUUUCUCGAGCUGCACAAGAAAUCCAUUCAACCGCAAAAUCCCCAGAGGCUGUAAAGGUCAUUGUUGGAGUUCUCUUAAUUGCUGGUGCCCAAAUUUUUACUGCCAGCCAGUUCGUACUGGAGGAAUGGAUCCUUGAGCGAUAUGCCAUGGAUCCGUUGAUGGUUGUUGGCUGGGAGGGUAUUUUUGGAACCCUUGUCACCACGUUCGGCAUGUUUGUGCUCCACCUCGCUAUUGGACGAACGGAACACGGGAGAUACGGAUAUUUCGAUGUGGCAGAAGGCUGGAGGAAUAUGACAACUAACAGAACAGUUGCAUUUACUAGCUUGUUGAUCAUGAUCAGUAUCGGUGGCUUCAACUACUUUGGCCUUAGUGUUACCCGAUCUGUGUCUGCGACUUCACGCAGCACAAUCGACACUUCCCGUACUCUCUUUAUUUGGCUGGUCUCCCUUGGACUUGGAUGGGAGUCAUUUAAAUGGCUACAAGUCGUCGGUUUCAUGAUGCUUGUAUACGGCACUUUCCUUUUUAAUGACAUUGUUCGACCGCCACUGAAAGCCUGCAUUCCUGAUAGGUCGCCUGAGGAAGCCGAGGAAAGCUUGCUUCCUGAGGAGCCCAUUGAACAUAUGUAA